AUGAAUGGGACGACGCAGGCCAAGAGCACUGUGGCGGAGGAAAUGAGCGAGUUUCUUGCGGAUGUUGCGCAGUCGACGAUAUCUGGGCUGGUGUGUGCCGUGAAGGAAUCGGCGGUCGACUUGAUUGAAGGAGCGCACGGAGUGGUCGCAUCUACAACGCACACGGCGACGGCUUCUUCGUCACCCAUUUCGCCACUUGCUGAUACUGGCAUCGGGGCGCAUUGGCUGCGACAGUUGCUCGGAAGGUCGGAAUGGACCUUACCUUGCGUCGGGGUCAAGCUGGUACUUUGA